AUGUCGGAAGAAGCCGAGAAGAAAGGCAGCACGCUGCCAGGAGCUGUUGAAGCUCCCAUCGAGGGCGCAAUUGAGAAUGGAUUCGUCUCUCAAGCCGACGACACUGAUCUUUUGGCCCAAUUGGGCUACAAGCAGGAAUUAAGACGCCAGUACUCAACCACCCAAGUCUUUGCCAUCGCUUUCAGUAUCAUGGCUUUGCUGCCAUCAAUUGCGUCGACACUCUCAUUCUCUCUUCCCGCUGGGCCCGUGGGAAUGGUUUGGGUUGGUCUCUGCCAGUUAAUCUUUACUAUAAUGGGUAUACUGAUCCAGAUUAGGGAGGAUUGUGUUCGAUUGACUGUGAGCGCAGAAGAAUUCCACACUGUUACGCUGGCUCUGACGCAAAAUCCUACAGAUGGCUUUGCGCUUAUGCUACUGUCUCUUAUUUCAAUUGCCAGAGAUGGGGAAUGGUCAGCAUCCCGCCCUGUGAUCUAUGCCACGUACCUUGCGACUGUUGUUGUGCACGCCUGCAUGGCAACAUUCAUGGGCCGCAUCAUGAACCGCAUCCAGAGUGUCUGUAUUGUCCUCAAUGUUGGACUCGUCAUUGCAACCGUAAUUGCCUUGCCGGUGGGCAAUAAGAGCAACGGACUCGCAAUCAAUUCAGGGAAAUAUGUCUUUGGGCACAUGGAAAACCUCACCACAUGGCCCACAGGAUGGGCAUUUGUGCUGGCCUGGCUUUCCCCAAUCUGGACUAUUGGCGCUUUUGACUCAUGUGUCCAUAUGAGUGAGGAAGCGACACAUGCAACCCGAGCUGUACCCAUAGGCAUCAUUCUAUCCAUUGGUCUUUGCGGCAUCCUGGGAUUUUUGUCCCUCGCCGUUAUAGCCGCUUGCAUGGAUACGAACCUCAAUAACUUGAUUGACUCUGCCUUUGGUCAACCCAUGGCUCAGAUAUACUACGAUUCCCUCGGGAAGUCGGGAGCCCUUGGCUUUAUGGCCGUUGUUGCAAUUGUUCAGUUCUUCAUGGGCUUGAGUAUUUUGAUUGCAGCUUCUCGUCAGACAUGGGCCUUUUCCCGUGAUGGAGCCCUCCCAUUCUCAAGCUUUUUCCGACACGUCAGCAAACGCAUCCAAUACCAGCCAGUGCGAACAGUUUGGGGUGUUGCCUUCAUAGCUAUUGUUAUUGGGCUCUUGACUCUUAUCGACAGCGCCGCUGCGAAUGCCUUGUUCUCCCUCGCUGUUGCUGGUAAUGACGUUGCUUGGGGGGUGCCCAUUUUAUGCCGCCUGAUAUGGGGCGACAAAACCGGUAAAUUUCGUCCAGGGCCAUUUUAUACUGGAGUUUUCAGUAAACCAAUUGCUAUUACGGCGGUUGUGUAUCUGCUUUUUGCUAUUAUUCUCUGCAUGUUCCCUACAGGCGGGCCGGAUCCGACACCUGAUGAGAUGAACUAUACUAUUGUUAUCAAUGGAGCUAUUUGGAUUGGGGCAGCUUUGUACUAUUUCCUGUUUGCAAGGAAGUGGUACACGGGGCCGAAGACCACAACCGCAUAG